AUGGUUGAUACUGCCGCCUUGCAUCUGAGUUUAGGCAAAGCAAUCCUCUGGCUCCUUCGCCUGACAUGGGGCCUUGUCCAUCUGCCUGGCUACUCACAAUGUCUGAUUUGAUACAUCAUCCGAAAGUAGUCUCUUCGAUGCUUUCUAUCACGAAUCCAGCGACCCCACUUGCCACAGAGCACUGGGAUUCACACUGAGGCGUCACUAGCCUAUUGCCACCCUUGAAAGGUCACCGACUUGCAAAAAGCAAAGCGCAAAUCAUCGAGCUCUGGGGUCCUUGUGGACUCUUUGAUCUGUGUGAUACUGGUUUUAACUCGCCGAACAAAGCCGUUCUACUGAAAAUCUCAUCACCAGUCACUGUGCAUAGCUUUGAUCAGACUUGCGCAUCAUUGCAUCCGAAGAACUAUGCAGACUGCUAGCUUGGACGACUUGCCUGCACAGAAACUUCCUAGAGGGGACAUAAGAGGCGCAUUACAUCCCAGUGAUAUCGGUCAACGACGCGACAGCAUGGCAUCGUCUGAGACAUUCUGUUGGUCAUCAGUCGUGACGAUGACACCAUUUGUCCCGAGUCAGCAUUCAGAAGCAGGGGCACAAGACGAGACAGUGUUGCUGGAAGCGAAGCAACUGGGAUACAACAGACGAAUAGAGAUUAUGAGACAGACAGAAUAUCCCAUGCUGAGAGGUAUCACUUACCUCGAUCAUGGUGGAACUACUUUAGCGAGUGAGUCUUUGAUGAACUCGUUCUGUACACAGAUGAAGGCUUCCAUACUUUCCAACCCACACUCGGAUGCCUCGAGGCCAAGUUUCUCCGCCAUGAUGGUAGAGCAGACACGUCAGAAGGUCUUACGACUGUUCAGUGCCGACCCAAAUGAAUGGGAUGUUGUGUUUACUGCAAAUGCCACAGCUUCCGUCAAGCUAGUGAUGGAGUGCUUCGCUGGCCACGGACAAGGUUUCGAUUAUCUGUACCAUCGCAAUGCUCAUACUAGUCUCGUUGGUGUGAGAGAGCAAGCGCAAAACAGCCACUGCCUCGCGACAACCGAAGAGAUGGAGUUUUGGCUAAGCGGUGGUCAAGUUUUGCCGACUCAAAAGCCACCCGGGUGUCGGCCUGUUCUGUUCUCUUAUCCCGCUCAGUCAAACAUGAACGGAGAACGUCUACCUCUUAGCUGGCCUUCCCGAAUUCGCCAACACGACAACACGUAUACACUUUUAGACGCCGCUGCUUUAGUCUCGACCAGCCCACUGGACCUCAGCGACCACGCCACAUCACCGGACUUCGUGUCAAUGUCUUUCUACAAGAUCUUCGGUUUCCCCGACCUCGGUGCUCUGCUCGUACGUAAGGCUUCCGCGCAUGUACUGCGCCGCCGGAGAUACUUCGGUGGUGGUACCACUGAAAUGAUAGGAUGCAUUGGUACACCGUGGGUCGAGCGGAAAGACAGUAGCGUACAUGCCAGCUUAGAGGAUGGCACGAUUGCAAUACGCAGUGUGCUCGCCUUGAGCUGUGCUAUCGAUACCCACACAAAUCUGUUUGGCGGCUUGGCCCAAGUCUCGAAGCACACAGGAUGGUUGGCAAAAGCCCUGUACGAUCGACUUGCCAAUAUAAAGCAUGCGAAUGGCAUGCCUGUUUGCCACAUGUACAAGGCGCCAACAUCCGCAUACGACGACAGAACGUCACAGGGUGCAACGGUCACAUUUAAUGUCAGAAAGAGUGACGGGUCUUGGAAGAGCGGAUCCGAAGUAGGUGCGAUGCUGAGGGCAAGCAAGAUCCAUGUUCGGACAGGCUCGCUCUGCAAUCCAGCGGGUAUGGCCUCUGCACUAGGCCUGUCGGCGGAGGAUCUCAGAGCAGCGUUUGACUCAGGAUUCCGUUGCAAUCAGACGAGUGACGACAUUCGGGGCGAUAUUCCCUUUGGGAUGAUACGGGCGACUCUGGGCGCCAUGAGCACGCUUGGGGACGUGGAGAAUCUCGUGGACUUUUUCCAAAAGCAUCUCGUAGACAAUCCACCAGGGACGCCACACAGAUCGCGCGUAUCUCAAUCGGGCGGGCCCGAAAGCAGUGGCCUUCCAACUAUCUCUUUUAACGAGCGGCCAAGGAAGACCACAGGCCAGCCGACAGCGAUCAGAACACACGAAAGCAUAAGGCCCGGCCCGCAGCGGCAGGGUUGGAUCGCGCUCUUUAGCUGCUACUCAAGACGGAAAUAGCUAUACCCAGCGGAUCAGAAGAGUCACGG